CUGUCGGGGCUGAGCGCUCCGGCUCUGUCGCUGUAGAGCAUAAGGAGGAGGAGGAGGGGAACCGAGAGAUCAUAAAAGGAGAAAGUGCGAAAACAGGCCCCCACCCCUCCUCUCAGCGCGAGCCUCUGCAUCACCCGCGCCUCUGAUCUGCAGGAGCUAUGGAGAAAAGGGUCCAGUGUAAGAUGAGGGGAGACACCACUUGGCCUCUACAACUUUGUUUCCAGUGGAUUACACACAGAAUUAAAUCUUAAUAUUCCAGAACUGCUAAAGCUUGCACAGACAUACAUUCUGAUCUUCGUAUCUUAAAGGUCUGUGUUUUCCGUCUGAACUUGGUGUAAUUGUCCGAGUAGUUUCUUCCUCCAACCACAUGGAGGCUCAGCAAGGUUCUCCUGACAGCAGCAGUGAGGAGUGUACUGUACUUGAGGCUCUGCCUGGCAAAGGAACUGGACUAAUUUGUGCUCAACACAAAGGAAAAGUUGUGGCUCUGUACUGUUUGCCAUGUGAAAGUGCUGUGUGUGAGGACUGUGUUGUCGGGCAGCAUAUGGACCACCCCACCGAAUCCCUGGAGGAAAUUGUGGAUCAACAGCGAACUGCUUUACAGGAAAGACUGGAUGCAGCUACAAACAGGCUACCCCAGAUAAGAGAGGCAGCGCGUUCGCUGAGGGAGAUCCUGCAGCAGCUGAGUGUUCAGAAGAACUCAAUAGAGGAGGACAUCCACUACUCCUUUAGUGAACUACACAAGACCCUAGAUACGCGAAAGAGUGUCCUGCUCAUGGAGCUGGAGGUCACCUACGGAUUGAAGCAGAAGGUCUUACAGGCUCAGUUAGACACUCUGCUAAAAGAGGAGGUUGCCAUUAACAGUAACUGCAGAAUAACAGGAGACGCUCUGGAUGCAGAAAGUGAGGCUGCUGUUUUGCAGACUCAUAAAACUGUUGGUGAGAAACUGAGUGCGCUGGCCAGCCAGGGCCUUCCCCUGCAGCCCGAGGAGAACGACCAGCUGGAGCUCAUGAUGGAGGUUGAAGGACUGCGUAAGUCCAUUCAUAACCUGGGGGCCAUCAUCACCACUAACGCCGUGGCCAGCCAGACGGAGGCUGCUGGAGAAGGUUUGGAGCAGUGUGUUGUGGGCCAGCCUGCCUCCGUCAUCAUAACCACCAAGGACAAGUCUGGGGGCGUGUGCAAGACGGGCAAUGCUAUCAUCUCAGCAGAAGUCUUCACGCCCAAUGGCAGCGUCACAGACGGGGAAAUCCUGGACCACAAGAACGGAACCUACGAGUUCCAGUACACUUUGCACAAGGAGGGGGACUUUAGCCUGGCUCUGAGACUGUAUGACCAGCACAUCAAAGGAAGCCCGUUCAGAUUAAAGGUGACCAGCUCUCCUGACGAUUCUCCCCCCACCACCUCAGGAGCUAAUGCUGCCUCAACAGGUUCCAGUGAUGGAGGAGCAAGAAGACGCAGCGCAAAGUCCCCAGGGAGCAGGAGUCGACAGAAGGGGGUUCGGAGAGGAGGAAGCUUGUUCAGCACCCCGAAGAAGAAGGUCAACCCUAUUGAAGAUGACCUCAUCUUUAGAAUCGGAACUAAAGGGCGGAAUAAAGGGGAGUUCACUAAUCUACAGGGUGUAGCAGCUUCUCCAGAAAGUAUCCUGAUUGCAGACAGUAAUAAUCAGUGUGUGCAGAUCUUCUCCAACCAGGGAGAGUUUCAGAGCCGGUUUGGUGUUCGUGGACGUUCACCAGGACAACUGCAGCGGCCCACUGGUGUAGCUGUCCAUCCUAAUGGUGACAUCAUCAUCGCUGACUAUGAUAACAAGUGGGUUAGCAUCUUCACCAGUGAUGGAAAAUACAAGGCGAAGUUGGGUUCUGGCAGACUGAUGGGUCCGAAGGGCGUGUCUGUGGAUCAGAAUGGUCACGUUAUUGUCGUGGACAACAAGGCCUGCAUGGUGUUUAUCUUCCAGCCCAGUGGAAAACUAGUAACAAAGUUUGGCAGCAGAGGCAACGGAGACAAGCAGUUUGCAGGUCCUCACUUUGCAGCAGUCAACAAUAAUAAUGAAAUUAUUGUCACAGACUUUCAUAAUCACUCAGUAAAGGUGUUCAGUGCAGAAGGAGAGUUCUUACUAAAGUUUGGCUCGAAUGGUGAGGGAAACGGGCAGUUCAACGCCCCUACCGGCGUAGCGGUGGACGUUAAUGGGAAUAUCAUUGUAGCGGACUGGGGAAAUAGCCGCAUACAGGUAUUUGAUGGAAGCGGCUCGUUUCUAUCCUAUAUUAACACGGCCGCUGAUCCACUUUAUGGGCCGCAAGGUCUCGCCCUGACGUCUGACGGCCAUGUUGUGGUGGCUGACUCUGGGAAUCAUUGUUUCAAAGUGUACCGUUACCUUCAGUGAUCCAGGAAGGAGUGUAAGAGGGCAGUGCUUCAUGGACACCACAGACAUGGCAUGUGAGCGGUUGCACUUAAUUUGCAGAUCUAUCAUCCUUCCUCAAUAUGUUACCUGCUUCCUCCCUGCUGGAAUGGGCUUCCGUGGCUUGGAUUCAGUGCCAUGAUUGUGACUGCUGUCUGAUUAAUAUCUGAAUACGUAUUUAGGUGGGAUAUGCCUUUGCGGAGUUCAUUAGCAGCCUCGGGAGGCCUUCGCCAAAUACUCUCUGCAUUCUGGUAGUUUUCGUGCAGCCAGUACUGGAAGCCUACGAGAGCUGAAAAGCAUAUGGUACGUUUGUGACUUGCGCAUGUCCUAAAUUCACUGCUGAGUCUGGAAUUUGCUCUAUACUUACAAUCAAAGCAACCACACCUUUACGCCAACAUUGUUCUCAAUAAGCAGUUUGGUCGAGACCACUUGGUUAUAUAUCUUCAGUAUGCUUCAGUUUCUAUUACUUCACGCUGAUAAUUAAGAAUUAUUAUGGUCAGAUGCAUCUUUUAGUGAUCCGGAAUAGGGUUGCAAGUUAGUUCUGAGAAAUGUUUAAUCCACAUUCCACUUCUAGACUGUUCUUAACCCUGAUAACAAAUUACUACGUGAUACAGUAAACGCAACCACUGAGGUAAUCACAUGUAAAUCUUUGACAUUUUGUAGUUCUUGGACGUGAAAGUUUAACAGACUAUGGAUGUGUACAGGCCUGAACAUUGACCCAUGCGACACAUUCCCGUCUUGCCUCCACAGAACUACGUUAGCUCUUUAAUCAACAAAUAUUAGGCCUCUAUUUUUGUUUAAAGCAUAUUUAAAAGGGAACAAAAAUCUCUAUAUUUAUGUAUUUAUCUUGAAUAAUGUUUCAGAGUAAAUGGAAAAAGUGGUCAGUUUUUUUCAUUGGUUUGGUUUCCUGCUGUGUGUGAGUUUGUGGGCCCAGAUUCCCAAAACAUCAAAAGUGUUACGAUCGUCCUAAAUGGUUGACUGAGCAUAACACUAAACACUGUCUGGACCAGUUAAGAGUCAUCUGCAGAGUACAGCCUGAAUAUAAUUUUGUUUCUACACACAUUUUCAACUUCUCUGACUAUAUAGGAAAACUGUAACUACAGACUGUAGUUCUUUUUAUUACCCUGUUCUUCAACAGUCAGGACCCCUAUAGAACUGAUAUUAUUUGGGUGGUGGGUCAUUUUCAGCACUGCAGUGACACUACUGAUGGUGCCCUACCUUGUUUGGUCAGAAUAUUCUCACAAAGAGAUGUUCUCAGUCCGGGUCUACUGAACCAUGGUCCAGUUCAUCUGCAGUGUAAAACACUUUUUUAGACGGUUCAGACUUUCACAACAACUGACAAAACAACUCACUAAACUCUAACAUAAUGCUUUUAAAAUCAUUCAAUUUUCCCAAAAAUCGUCAGUGCACCUUAUAAUUUCAUGCGCAUUAUGUAUGAAUUUAACCAGUCAGGUUGUAAGGAGCAGUAAAGCCACUCCGCCAAAGUACAACAUUAAACAGAAGUUUCAGAGAAGUUUCUCCAGCACAGAGGCUGGAAAAAUAUUAGCAUUAGCCGCUAACCACAGUGCUAGCUCUUCCACCAUGUUAAAACAAGCUACGUGGGACGAACUGCUAACUGAUAAUGCCCUGGCUUACUGGAACACUCAGGGUUCCUCAGUGUAGCGCUGAGCGGCAUUUACUAGUGCUAAGCUCUGCUAACCGUGGCUAGCGCUGCUGCUAACCACGCUGUUGAAAAUAUAGUAAAUCUAAGCUCACUGCAAAUAAAUAGAAGUGCUUUAGUCACCCAAAUAAACAGUUUUAUGGAGAGAAAUCUGUUUAGAUUAACAUCCAGCACUCAUUUAAGAAAAAGUUUUUUUUUUUUUUUUUUUUUUUAAGAAUUACAGUUUUAUUUACUUAACCACUUCCCCCACGACUUGCAAAAUUAGAAGGGAAACAUGGCGACACCCUUGUUCCUUACUACUGUUGCUUAAAAUGCACAUUAUAAUCCGGUGCACUUUAUGUAUGAAAAUAGACCAGAAAAUAGACACUCCUUCAUAGUGAGCCUUAUAAUCCGGUGCACCUUAUAGUCCAUAAAAUAUGGUAAUAUUAAUUAUAGAGCUACCAUGUAUCUAAUGAUGACAGGAUGUAGUAAAGCUCUUUAGUCCAUUCACUAAACUGCAGUGUGAAACCAAAACUAACCAGAUCAAAUGUACACAAACCUUUGUGUGCACUCUGGACUGGACUUUCAGGUGUAAAAAAUGCCCUGGCAAGGUAGUGGUGCAUAAGGUGUUGGUGUGUUGUACUGGUAUCUGACCCACUCACUGUACAGCAGUGCUGCUGGAGUUUUUAAACACUGUGAUUAAUCUCUUACUGUCCUCCACUAUAUUACACACUCUUACUUAGUUUGAUGUAGAGUCAGAGACAGAAGCUCAUCUGCUGAUAUUCUCAGUCCAACAGUGUUUAAGAACUCCAGCAGCACUGCUGUAUCUGAUCCACUCACUGUACCAUCAGCUAAACACACACUAACACCUCAUACACCACCACCAUGCUAAUCAGUGCUAAUCACUGCAGUGCUGAGAAUAAUAAUGACCCACCACCCAAAUAAUAAUAAUAGCUGUCCUGAGUAUUGAAGAACAGGGUGAAAGAAGGAGGAUAAUAAUAAAAUAUACAGAGAAACAGAUACAGGACUACAGUCUGUAAUUAUAGAACUACAAAGUGCACCUAUAUGAUCAGUAGAGCUGAUAAAAAGGAAAAUGAGUGUAGAAACAGGGACGUGUUCAUAAUAUUCUGACUGGACUAUGUAGGUGCUUUUGGGGAAUUCAGCCUUGGCCAGUAGUUAAUGUACUUGAGCUCCUUCAUUCUACGUCAGGUUUGAUAUUUCUAGGCCAUUCGAUAUUUGACGACUCAUUCUGGUGUAUGUGGUAGAUUCUCUUAGAGGCAUGUUUCACUCGCUAGUAAUGCUAGAAUAACAGAAGAACAGGUUCCUUCACUCAUGAUGCAUUUUUCAAAGGCAAUAGUGUUUUCUAUUUUUCUUUUUUACACUAAAAGGUACCAUUUUAGUCAUUGUUUUGUUCUUGCUAUUUUAUUAGAUUAUCAUGUUUUCUACUUUGGUUCAUGGUCUUGCAAAUAUUUUUUUUUUUCAUUUGUAUUGAUUAAUUAAAAAACUGAUGAAUGUUUUAUUUAUUGUUUGAAUUGCGAUUUCGCUUGAAUGUUCAUGUUCUGUACAAAAAGAGCCUUAACAUUUGUCCUUUUUAUCAUUUUAUCAGUGAAAAUGUCAUAAACCAAAUGAAUUAUCUCCUUUUCUUUGUCGUGUUGAGGUAUGCUUGUUUACAGUUUAAAGUCAACCAAAUGCCUGCUUGGAUUUCUAAUGUUGGUAUCACCGUUUCAAUAAAUCAUAUCAUGAUGCUGAAUAACAUUAAAAAUAUUGACUGCAGAAAA